GUGGCGGUCAGCUGACUGCCGGUCUGUUUCCGGGUUUCUCCGUGUUGUUUACUUUGGGAGCUUUCCUCACCUCUCGCCAGUGUGUGUUGUGGAGCAGCCAUGAAUGCGUCGGACAGUGACGAGGACUCCUAUAACGAGAGGACAGCGCUGGUCCCGUCCGAGGCUCCAGUGCUUCCCUCCUACACCCCAGACCCUGACCUGGACCCCCCCAACCACACCACCACCAAACGGCCUGCAGCGAGCAGGCAGGCGGGUCCGGUUGCCGCGGAACGCGGCGGUGGCCAUGGCGACGGCGGCAGCAGCCGAGGCUCGGAUCAGGAUGCUGAUGAGGAGGAGCUGACGCUGAAGUACGGAGCCAAGCACGUGAUCAUGCUCUUCAUCCCCGUCACGCUGUGCAUGGUCGUGGUCGUAGCCACCAUCAAGUCAGUCAGCUUCUACAGCGAGAAGACAGACCAGCAGCUGAUCUACACCCCGUUCACGGAGAACACGGCCUCGGUGGGCCGCCGGCUGCUGAACUCCGUCCUCAACACCAUCAUCAUGAUCAGCGUCAUCGUGGUGAUGACGGUGUUCCUGGUGGUCCUCUACAAGUACCGCUGCUACAAGUUCAUCCACGGCUGGCUCAUCCUGUCCUCCCUCAUGCUGCUCUUCUGGUUCAGCUUCAUGUACCUGGGCGAGGUGUUUAAGACGUACAACGUUGCGGUGGACUACCCCACGGUUGCCGUGGUGAUCUGGAACUUCGGGGGGGUGGGGAUGAUCUGCAUCCACUGGAAGGGCCCGCUGGCCCUGCAGCAGGCCUACCUCAUCCUCAUCAGCGCACUCAUGGCCCUCGUCUUCAUCAAGUACCUCCCAGAGUGGUCGGCCUGGGUCAUCCUGGGAGCCAUCUCCGUCUACGACCUGGUGGCCGUCCUGUCCCCUAAAGGUCCUCUCCGCAUGUUGGUGGAGACGGCACAGGAACGCAACGAGCCCAUCUUCCCCGCCCUCAUCUACUCCUCGGCCAUGAUGUGGACAGUGGGGAUGGCGAGCCCAGCAGACGCUCAGCGCUCCGGACACGAAACAGACGAAGAGGCGGAGCAGAGCAGUGGGGGGGCGGAGCCUGAGAGCAGGGGGGGGGCGGAGCCUGAGAGCCACCAGCCCCGGCCGUUUACUGACAGCGAGCUGGAGGAAGACCGGGGGGUGAAGCUCGGCCUCGGGGAUUUCAUCUUCUACAGCGUUCUGGUUGGAAAAGCUGCCGCGACCGGCGGAGACUGGAACACCACGCUCGCCUGCUUCGUCGCCAUUCUCAUCGGUCUGUGCCUGACGCUGCUGCUGCUCGCCAUCUUUAAGAAGGCUCUGCCGGCGCUGCCCAUCUCCAUCACCUUCGGCCUGGUCUUCUACUUCUCCACUGACUUCCUGGUUCAGCCCUUCAUGGACAACCUGGCUGCCAACCAGUUCUACAUCUGAGAGCAGGGCCCGCCCCCUCCCAUCUGAGAGCAGUGCGUGCCCCCUCCCAUCUGAGAGCAAGGCCCGCUCCCAUCUGAGAGCAAGCCCACACCCCUCCCAUCUGAGAGCAAGCACCAGCCCCCUCCCAUCUGAGAGCAAGACCCACACCCUCGCCAUCUGAGAGCAAGGCCCCCUCCCAUCUGAGAGCAAGCACCAGGCCCCUCCCAUCUGAAAGCAAGCUCUACUCCCUCCCAUCUGAGAGCAAGGCCUGACCCCUCCCAUCUGAAAGCAAGCUCUACUGCCUCGCCAUCUGAUAUCAUCCUGGGCCAGCAUUGAUACAUACAAAGACUACUUCCUGUCUCCUACCUUCUCUAAAAGUCUUUUUGAGGAACACGAAGCGUUGACUGAUACCUGCUGACGACUAUUUUAAACAUCCUGUAACUUGUGUAGAGUCUCUGAAUUCAAACGCUCGCCGUGAUGUUUUGUUACUCCAAGCAGCGCGGCUGCGUGUGAUUGGCCGGCGCUGCCGUCAGUCAGAGCAAAACAGCCUGUAAAGAUUCCCUCUGGAGAUUUAAGCUUUUUAUCGUGUCCUGUCCUGGCUGCCGGUGUCUGUUCUCCACCUGGAGAACGUUGUUUAAAGUCUGCUGACAUUAUUUCUUCAUAAUGUAGUAAGACACUUCUCUGUAACGGACGCAGGUUCUUCCCUCUUUAACACUACACCAGCUACUUGAUUUGUUGCUCUGGAAGCUGAUUUGUAUAUUUAACAUUGCAUUAAUAAUUUGGAAUAAACGUGUCUGUGAGGA